AUGGAGCCCAAGGUGUCGUGUGUGAAUCAUGCGGCGCUAGUGAACGAUUAUUACAUGAAGCACCUUUGUCUGCGUGAGGACUCGCUGCAAAUUGCAUCUACUGCUUUUAUCCGCCCGUACAGUGCAAAGCGUUCAAUGGAGACAUCAAUAGCCGCAGCGCGACGACAACAAAAGCGACAUGUAGCGGCCCAACGGCGGGCACAGCGUCUGGAACAGCUUAUAAUGCAGGGUAAGUUUGUACCGUUACGAGAUCAAGUUAGAGGCGCAUUGCAGGAUACAUUUGACCGCUAUGGUGGCCCUCACUUCAAGCUUCACGUCUUUCUACCAAGCUUUAGAGGCACUGAUAGUGCAGAGACUGCAUCAACACUCGAAGAUGUGUUAAAUUUGCUGUCGAAGGCGUCCAAAGAAAAAGUUCUUGAUGAUGGCAGUAUUCAUUUCAACGCAACAAAUUAUCUGCAGGUUGCUGUGGUGAAUAACACGAAGAUCAUCCUACCAGCUGGAUCAAGCUUUGCUCAGCGAGAUGUUCGAGAGCUUCGCCAAAUCUCACUUGAGAAAUUCAAGCUCAUAGUGAUGGAUCCACCUUGGCAGAAUAAAAGCGUAUUACGUGGAAAACAAUAUGGUAUGUUUGAUCAUACGGAUCUACUAGCUAUUGACAUUCCGCACAUCGCAGACGUCGAUGAAUGCGUCCUUGCAGUAUGGGUGACUAACCGACCACGGUAUAUGACGUACCUUCGUGACCAAGUACUGCCUUUUUGGGGCUUUACAUUCCAUGCGUGCUGGUACUGGCUAAAGCUUAGCAAAAACGGUGAGCUAGUGACUCCACUGGACUCAACACAUCGCCUGCCAGUCGAGACGUUGGUCGUUGCGUAUCGUGCAAAGGAUCAUAAACACGAGCAACUGUUACGCCAGCGCCUUGGGGAACAGAUGCGAGUUGUAUUCAGCAUUCCACUGCGUCACUCGUGGAAACCACCACCUGAGUGCUUUAUCAGCAAUGACAUUAUCUCGACAAGCGACAAAAAAGUCGAAUUGUUCGCUCGAGAAUUGCGACCGUAUUGGACUAGCGUUGGAAACGAGCAGGUAUUUAAGUUUCAAAAUGCCUACAUGUUUCAGCCAAUGCUGUAG